AUGACCACAACACCCGUAUUGCACCGCAGCGCGCGGGCAAUUACCAUCAGCGAGUUCCGCGAUGCCCUCCGAGCAACAUGUCCCCCACGCUUCCCGCAAGCGAAGUCACUCACACACCGGCGGAUCGGUCUCGCGGUCAGCGGCGGUGUCGACUCUAUGGCGCUUGCCUUCCUCUGUUCCAAGAUAAGAAUAGGAGAUCCAUAUUUCAGAAUAUCUGACCAUCCCGUUGGUUGCUUUUAUGCCAUGAUUAUCGACCACGGCCUCCGCGAGGGCAGCACGAAGGAGGCAAACGAUGUCGCCGAAGCAGUCGAGAAAAUGGGGUUGAGGGGCCAAGUGAUGAAGAUUCACUGGACCGAGAUUGUUGGGAAAGAUAGAAAGCCCAACGACCUGCCCAACGUUGAGACCCUGGCACGCCAGCUCCGCUACCGGCGAAUUGCCCAAUUCUGCAAGAUGUCCAAGGUGGCCAGCGUCCUUACGGCACAUCAUGAAGACGACCAAUACGAGACGGUGCUGAUGAGGCUCCUGUCUGGACACGGCUACCGCGGCCUGCAGGGAAUGCGCACCGCAACCGACAUCCCCGAGUGCUACGAUGUCCACGGCGCCUAUCAGAGCGGCAUCAUUGAUGACCAGCAGCUUGACAACCCCUUCUACAACAUGCGGCCGUCGGGACGUCAGCGAAAGUAUAUGCGGCGUGAUCUAAGGUACGAAGUCGACCCUGCUGUGCUCGCCAAGGAGAUUGAGGAGGGCCUGGACGCCGAUGCGAUUGCCAUGUAUCUCGACGACUACGAUGCCAUAACCAACAAGGCGAAGCGCGCCCCUCCCCUAGGCCCCCUGGACGUUGAGGACGGCGGCAUCAUGGUCUACCGGCCGCUGCUGCACUUCAGCAAGGAGAGGCUGGUGGCGACGUGCGUUGAAAAUGGCAUCCCUUGGUUUGAGGACCACACGAAUGCGGACCCGACGCUAACCACGAGAAAUGCGGUCCGACACAUGUACAAGAAUUGGACCCUACCCGCGGCGCUGCAAAAGCCUGCCAUCCUCCGGCUCGCUGAACGAUGCCGAGCAAAGGUCGCUUCAGAAGAAGCCGAGGCCGAUAGGCUUCUGCACAAUGUCAUCUUCCACAAAUUCGAGAACAACACCGGGACACUAGUGGUUACCCUGCCUAACUUCUCUUUUCCAAUUGUCCCACGGCGCUCCACAUGCUCGCCGACCGGCCGGCGCAAGCGAACCGAGCACUACCGCCGUAUCGCUGCGGUAACAAUACGAAAGCUCCUCUCGAUGGUGACGCCAGAACGAGAACUCCCACCGGUUCAACAGCUAGGUCCCCUAGUCUCCAUGCUCUUCCCCUCCCUAGUCGAUGAGGGAGACCCGCCGGAGCCCAAAGCAUACGUUAUCUGCGGUGUACACUUCAUACCGCUGGUUGGGGACUUCCCCCUGCGCUGGCUUCUGGCAAGAGCACCUCACGUGUCAAACGUCCCACGGCCGUUUGUUGCUUCUCACGGCUUGGCGCUUGCCAAGCGUAUAUCCAAGCAUCCAACUACCUGGAAACCAGAAUCCUGGGCAGAGGCCCGUCUUUUCGAUGGCCGCUACUGGAUUCGGAUUUCUCACCGGCUCCCCUGUACCGUUCGUGUCGCCCCUUUUGAACCAGAGCAUCAGAAGCCUUUCCGAGAAGCUCUAGAUGACCGCUCCAAAAACGACCUUCUGUCCAUGCUUCGAAAGUAUGCGCCCGGGAAGAUUCGGUACACACUGCCAGCCAUCUACAGCAUAUAUGAUGUGAGCAAUCUACUGGCUGGCGGUAAUUGGUGGCCGGAUUGGCAGUCCAAAGCUGCCGACGGGAGCCAGGAGCAGACAGAUGAGGUUGGCACCCUUUCUGAGAACAUCAGGACCAAAACACUGAGCGAGGUAUUCGCGGGCCGCUUGGAAUGGGAGAAGGACGUGAGAGAACGAGGAAAACCACAGCUGCUUGCGCUCCCAACACUGGGCAUCUCCUUGCCCGGCUUGGACGAUUGGCUGCAAUGGGACAUCCGAUACCGCAAGGUAGACCAUCGACUGCUUCAGCUAAGCAAGCUUGGUGAUUUUCGGUUGGGGCGACGCGAGCUUAGAUUCAGGGUGAGAACUCAGUAUCGGUAUCGGCGUAAAAGACUCCGGAAGCCGUGGAAGAGUUCGGCGUCUUGGCGGCCGUGGCGCUGA